UGUUGCUUUGACAAAUUAAACCUAACCUCCCUAGGCCUAAUAUAUGAUAUCCGAGGCCUAAUAUAGUACAUAUGUGUGGUAUACUAGGCCUAGGAAUAUUUGUAUUUUAGCUUCAUUUAUUUUCAAAGAAUUUCUUACUGGUCAGUAUACAGUACUACUGUCUAAAAGCCAAGUUCGUACGAGUUCGUGACUACUGACGAUCAUCAUAAUAGGUACUAUCUAAACAGGAGGAUGGGUUGUCAUAUAACCUGUAUUGUUUAAAUAAAGUUAAUUUGUCAAAAUGCUUUCUUGAAGUUUACAGUAUCAUUAAUUGACGUGAAAAGUCCGACUAGAAUGACAAGUACAGUACUGUAGAACUAAGCAACUUUUAAAAUGUAGAAUUUUUAUCAGAUUUAUAAUCUUUGAAUUUGAUUACCUGUUUGUCUGUUCAAAGUUGAAGGCCACAUGGUUGGGGCAGCCUCACCUAAAUUGGCAAAAGGAAUGGUCUGAGAUAUGGGAUGAAUAUGGGCCGAUUGGAAUCGCUAAAAUUCAAAAGGGAAGUAUGCCAGGGUUACAUUCAGACCCCACAACGAUUUUUGGCACUGCCCUUUUAGACCUAAAUAUUUAAAAAAAAAAUUAAGAAAAAUUUUUCCUUAUAGUAAUAUGCAUCAUUAUUUCUCAAGAAAAUUAACAGAAAUUUACGGCUGUCGAUAAUUUGCCCUUAAUUACAUAAAACAGGAAAUUCUUCUACACCUUCAAAGGUUUCUCAAGCCGUUACCCUUGAUUAGAGUAAGGGGUAACUAUUCCUAUUUUAGUAUUUCACGUCACUAAGUUCUUCUCACUAGCAACCAACCACACAAAUUUGUGUAAGGAAUCAUUUAGAACCUUAUAUACCACAUAUGUAAGACCAAUCCCGGAGUGUGCUGCACCUGCAGGGAGUCCCUACCUUGUCAAGCACAAGACGAAGCGGAGAAGGGUCAAAGGUAUGCCACUUGUCUAGUCCCAAAACUAAGAGGCAUGAGUUACAGGGAAAAGCUGUAUACAUUGAACCUCAUGUUGCUGGAAGACAGAAAAAAUUUGGGGAGACAUUAUCACCACAUACAAAAUUCUCAUGGGAAUUGACAGGGUAGAUAAGGACAGAUUAUUAAUAUGUGUGGUGGGAACACAAGUGAAAACUGAGUACCCAAAUGAGCCACAGAGACAUUAUAACUUUUUCAGUGUCAGAGUAAUUAACAAAUGGAAUGCAUUAGGAAGUGGUGUGGUUGAGGCAGAUUCCAUAUAGUUUCAAGUGCAAAUAUGAUAAGAGCUCAAUGAGCUCAGGAACCUGUACACCAUUUGGCUGAUAGUAUGGCUGACACCUCCACAAUACUUUGUAGGGUAGGCUACCAUAGUGCACACCUCCACAAUACUGUGGUAGGGGAAGGUUACCAGAAUGAAUGAAAAGCACUAUCCAUACACAAAGUUGUGUUUAAGUGAGUAUUCUGGCUUCCUCUUUAUAGCUAGUUAGGUAGUAAUUAAUUAUACCAUUAGCAUAUCCAUGACCUGAAGCAGACCAAAUGUCCCAAUUAACAGUGACCUAAUUACUCACAAGGUCAAUCUGAAUAAUUUUCUAUUACAGAAUAGGCCUACAUUAAUGCAUAAUUAGGUGCAGACAUAUAUCUUACUGGAUUCACCUUUCCAUAAGCUUCUCAACUUCAAAGAUAAUUCUUUACAACUCGUGUCGGGUUAAUUUACAGAGCAAAUUCUGGGCGAUUAAGGUGCCUGUUCACACUGUAAAAGUUGUAGCAGUGUUCUAGUGUUCAAUGUUAUGCAGUGUACAAUUCUUGAGUUGAUUUUGAUUUCGGGGCUUUAGUGUCCCCGCGGCCCGGUCCUUGACCAGGCCUCCACCCCCAGGAAGCAGCCCGUGACAGCUGACUAACACCCAGGUACCUAUUUACUGCUAGGUAACAGGGGCAUUCAGGGUGAAAGAAACUUUGCCCAUUUGUUUCUGCCUCGUGCGGGAAUCGAACCCGCGCCACAGAAUUACGAGUCCUGCGCGCUAUCCACCAGGCUACGAGGCCCCAAUGAACAAAACUCUCCAGGGCCAUGGAAGGUUAAGAUACCAACACCACAAUAUAGCUGGCAACUCACGCUAACAAAUGCAAAUUUUCCAAUAGAAAACUACAAAUUUUUAUAAGGUAAAUAUGGCACAUGGCCGUAAACCAAAGCAGUAUAGCACUGAAGCGCUACAUGGCCGUAAACCAAAGCAGUAUAGCACUGAAGCGCUACAUGGCCGUAAACCAAAGCAGUAUAGCACUGAAGCGCUACAUGGCCGUAAACCAAAGCAGUAUAGCACUGAAGCGCCACAUGGCCGUAAACCAAAGCAGUAUAGCACUGAAGCGCUACAUGGCCGUAAACCAAAGCAGUAUAGCACUGAAGCACUACAUGGCCGUAAACCAAAGCAGUAUAGCACUGAAGCGCUACAUGGCCGUAAACCAAAGCAGUAUAGCACUGAAGCGCUACAUGGCCGUAAACCAAAGCAGCAUAGCACUGAAGCGCUACAUGGCCGUAAACCAAAGCAGUAUAGCACUGAAGCACUACAUGGCCGUAAACCAAAGCAGUAUAGCACUGAAGCGCUACAUGGCCGUAAACCAAAGCAGUAUAGCACUGAAGCACUACAUGGCCGUAAACCAAAGCAGUAUAGCACUGAAGCACUACAUGGCCGUAAACCAAAGCAGUAUAGCACUGAAGCACUACAUGGCCGUAAACCAAAGCAGUAUAGCACUGAAGCACUACAUGGCCAUACACUGAAGCAGUAUAGCACUGAAGCACUACAUGGCCAUACACUGAAGCAGUACAUACAAAUAUAAUUACAGUAGUGGCCAUACACUGAUGCAGGGUAGGCCUAUCUAAUUACCCAAAGCCUUUUAGCAUUACACAUGUAUGUACAUUACAUAUGUAUUACAUGUGUAUGUAUGUACUUUACCUCAAUAAACAUAAGCAAUGAAUACAUGUGACAUAUUUACUCAGUAUAAUAUUAGUGGUGAAUGUAGAACAUGAAAAUGACAUAUUUUUACUCUGAAAUAAUAUAAUUUUAUAACAAAAUUAGAUGAAACUUCCUACAGCUAAAACUGUAGGAAGUCAACGAUGCAAAUGACAAUGUUGCGGCUUUGGGUAAUUACAUGGACCUAAUUUUGUUAAAAAUGAUAUUAUUUCAGAGUAAAAAUAUGUCUUUUUCAUGUUCUACAUUCAGCACUAAUAUUAAAACUGAGUAAAUAUGUCACAUUUCUUUGUUACUUAAGUAAUGGUAGGAGGCUUUGGGUACCUUUUGGUAGCUUUGGGUAAUUGGAUGGACCACAAUGCAGAAUACUCCUACACUUUAGUGUAUACCUAUACACUGAAGCCAUACAUCCUCAUACAUGUAGGAUAAUAAUAUGCAAUAAUGAAAUCUAGUCUUAUAUGUUGAUAAUUAAGUGAAAAAUAACAGUAAUUUAAUAUCUUGAAUGAUGAUGACUAACAAACUAGCUAAAACUAGAAAUAUUUGCUCAUGGGGAUGAUAUACGUGUAGUAUGGGGCAAAGAUGCCAUUGGUCGGCAGAGUACAGUACAGUUUUUAGUCAUAAAUGUUUGUGUGUGAGGGAUGGGUCUUACAGCCUCGGUGGAGCGUACUGUUUCUGUCAGUAAAAAUGAGAACAUUAUUACCUGGAUAUGAGGUUAAGAUAUUUAAGAUAAAAUUAGAGUUUUGCUAAACAUUCUCUGACUAGUACUUAAUAAUACAUAAUUUUGUUUUAACAAGAAGCUCAAAUAUCUUUGUUAUUUAUUGCAAGUGUUUAAGGUGUAUGUAAUUGUUUAUGUAAUAAGAUGUUUAUGUAAUACAGUAUGUGUUUUGGUUACCAUGAGGCUUCUUUAACCCCUUAACUGCGUUGCCUCCAAAUGUGACACCCCCGCAGUGCGCAGGAAAUAAAUUCUCUGGAAAAAAUUCUUUUUUCUUUUUAAAAUGUGCCACAUGUGUUCUCGUUACCUUGAAACUUCUCUAAACAGUGCCUUAUGUGUCCUGGUUAUUUUUUUUUGUUCCCUUCUUCCCCUCGCCACUACAGGGGGUGUAGCGUUUUAAUUAGCUUCAGGGCACCCGUUUUCCCUAACCAGUGGGCAUGGGAAGAUGUAGGUGCACCUUAAGCACACAUUUCCCUACCAAUGCAAACUAAAAUAUGUAAUAAAUGGUUAGUUGGCACAUCUCACACACAGGAAUUAAGAUGAUGAUAAUAAUAGUUAGCACAAUGGAAAAAUCUUUUGUAUAUGGUUUUUCUUAUAUACGACACAGCAUACAAAGGGAGGGGUGCACAGUAUAUCAUUAAAAAGAACUAAACCAGAGGGCAAAACAAGUCUGCCCAAACGGCAGGUAUGAUGACUUUGAUGACAGCAUACAUGGAAAAAUACUUCAAAACAAAAGCCCCUUGCAAGGCCCCGGAGCGGGAGGAUUCUCGUGUGUGCACAUGGGGGUCCCUCCGGCAGGAGCCAUAGCAACUCGUGGGCUCCGGCCAAGUCAUCCACCCUCCUGUGAGAAACCAUUCGGGGAAAUGGUUACAUUUCUACAGCAUUUGCUUUAAUUUGGAUUGCAUGGGCAAAAUCUCCUCCGCUUAGCAGACGGGGUACCGGACAAAACCCACUUGUGGCAAGAUGGAACCUCGCAUGCAGAUUCAAGGCCAACACUAUAACCCAUGCUGUACAGUGUUGCCUUCCAAACCCUAGUGCACUCAGAUGUUCCAUUAGUAGGGGUUCCAGCAGCUUCUCUAAACAGUACCUCAUGUGUUCUGGUUACCUUGAAGCUUCUCUAAAGUGCCUUGUAUGUUUUGGUUAAAUACUCUCAAUUAAAAGUAACUUUGUUUUGGAAAAAUUACACAUUACUGUAUAGUAGGUUGUCCUGUUGUGUACAAUCAGAAAUUGUUUAACAAAAUGGUAAAGUUAUUUCUUUUGUUCAUUCCAUAAUUAAUGGUUCCAUGUUACAAAUGAUAAUGUCAAAAAUAUUUUAACAUAAUUUGUAUAAAAUAAUUAGUAAUAAAAGUUUUAUGCAAAA